CGACAUGAUGCACGCGAGCUUGCGAUGAGCAGCUGCAAGAGUUCAGCUUGUCGUGCUCCUUUCUGUCCUUUGCUUCGCUUGAUUCCUUCUUGAUAAUAAUAUUUUGCCACUUCAACUGGACUCAGAUCAAAGUUUCAGCGCGGCUGGCGAAGCGCCCAGUAAUUGGCAUUGGCAACUUGAUCGAACGUUGUCAGUUGAUUCUUGUCCGCCUCUUCAGCUCGCAAACUCGCUGAGCUUCAAAAUUUCUGGCAGGAUAAAGCCGGCGCAGACAAAACUCUGCUGAGUUGCAGCCAGCGUGUCGAAGCCGGAGAGAGCAAUGGCGCCCUUGGGUACCGACAGCAAAGCUGGUGUGGCCAAUGCGUCCGCAAAUGGAGUCCAUUACUCGUCAGGGCUCAACAUCGUCCCUGCAAGUAAGCUGGACCUGGUCUCAAGCACCGAGUAUGAUUACAUCAUCGUCGGGGGAGGCGCCGGGGGGUGCCCUUUGGCCGCUGCGUUGGCAGAGGAGAAGUCACUCAGAGUCCUCUUACUAGAGAGGGGGGCCACUAGGGACCAGUACCCAGAGACAAAGACUAUCGACGGGUGGUAUGACCUACCCAGCACAGACGCACUUCAGCUGACGCGUACCAAGGAUGGGGUCGUAUUUGCGCGGGCAAAUGUCCUCAGCGGAGGAACAGCUGUCAACAUCGGCGUGUGGGGCCACGCAAGCGCGGCGCACAUCAAGGAGGAGGGAUGGGACGCCGACGCAAUGCGGAGCGCUUAUGAGCACCUGGACGCGCGCUUGUCGCACCCGGGGCUUGAGGGACCUUUCCAGGACAAGAUGCUGGAGGCCUUUACGGAGAUCGGCAUAAAGCCCAACAACGGGGUCACGCCUGAACACCUGAUUGGCGCGAAAACCAUCAUGCGCACGUGGGACAAGAACAACGUUCGUCACCCCGCGGACGAAUUGCUCGUGGGCGUGGAAAAUGUCGACAUCGUCACGCAGGCGCUUGUUUCCAAGAUCCGCUUCUCAGGCUCCGACGGCACCUUGCGCGCCGUUGGCGUCGACUUCACCUCCGCUGACGGCAUCCCCCGCAGCGCUGACGUCAGCCCCAGCGGGGGUGAGGUCAUCCUGGCCGCCGGGACGAUGGGCACCCCCCAGCUGCUGAUGCUCAGCGGAAUCGGGCCGGAAACGGAGCUCGAAAAACUCGGGUUAACCCCCCGGGUUAGCCUCCCCGUCGGGCGUAAUCUCGCGGACUGCCCGCUGAACGGGAUCGGCAUCCAGACGCGCGAGGCGCCGGAGCGUGACGUCAUCUCGGUGGCUGGAAUUCAGGAGGACCGCAUCUUUUUCGUCUCGACCGGGAAUGGGGAACCGGGCACCACAAAGUGGGGCCUCAUGCCGAUGGUUACGCCCGGGUUAAGGACUAACGAGACGAUGAAAACUACAGCCGCCGCGAUCGGCGCGCUGCCGGAGGAGCUGCGGGCGGAGAUGGGCCGUUCGAUGGGCGUCUUCUUCAAGCUCUACCGCGUCAAGACACGUGGCGCCAUCACAUUGGAUUCCACGGACCCCGCAGCAACGCCGUCGAUCGACUACCCCUACUUCACGGACCCCGCUGACGUGGCGUCCGGAAUCGAAGGCAUUCGGACGCUCAAAGCCCUGCUCGCGUCCAAGCCCGUGUCCGAACUCAAGGUCGACACCGUGCCGCAGUUUUUGCUGAAACUCGCGCCGGCGCUCGCCGCUUUCCCCCCGGGGCAGUACCCCGGGGCGCUGCCGCUGCUGCCCGACCCGAACGACGCAUCAGAGGCCGCCACGUGGCUGCGCAACACGGUGUGCACGUGCUGGCACAUGCACGGCACGUGCCGCGUCGGGGAGGUGGUUGACGAUGAGCACAGAGUGAAGGGCGUCGAGAAACUGCGCGUCAUGGAUGCGUCGGUGCUGAGAGACGUCCCCGGGACUAAUCCCAUGGCGACGAUCAUGGCGCUCGGCAGGGUGCUGGGGCUGAAGAUGCUCAAGGAGAGAGUAGAACUUGCCUAAAUCUUGAAAGCACAAACGCCUCGAACUUCCAAACCCGUUGACGAAGAUCCGAAGGAUUGAGCCUGAGAGGGUGCUGGGGCUGAAGAUGCUGAGGGAGAGAAUGGAACUCGCUUGAACCCCAUAUACCCAAAACCUUCAAAUUGAAUCCCAAAACUUAGUAUAAAAACUCGAAGAAGGUUGUGGGUUCCACAAGUCAAAGAGCCACCAGAGAAAGAGUCUUAACGAUAGUCGUGAGGCAAGCACGCCUCGCCCGUAGGAGUGGGUGAAGCAGGCUUGGGAAGAGGCGGAAAGAAGCAGCCAAUUCGUGGCGUUUUGAUUGGCUCAAGCGGCAUUAGCUGCACCUUUGAGCAUCUUGCAAAUUGCGGAUAUGUGCAUAGUUGUUGUUGUUUUCAAGGCCCUUCGGAUACGGACUCAAAUAGACUAGCCGUUUUGUACAAACAUUCGGGAGACAGUUUGUACUGUACUUUGUUGUCAGACUAUUAAAAAUAUAAAGCGGCGGUUUUAGAACUCUAUAGUACUCGGGAGUAGAGGAAACGUCGAAUGUACGAAAUGAAUAAUCAGCUGACAUAUAGAGAGCUCAAACAUUUGUGAAUCCCGUGAGAAGCAGGCCCGUGGCCAUACUGGCUACGGCUAUUUUGAUUCAAUUAGAUUCAAACGAUUUUCGGGCUUGACGUCAAUCAUCGAAUGGAUAAUGCGAGGGCCAAGCACGUACUCGCCAACUGCCGCUUUACUUCGCACUAAGCGGCGCCUUCUCGUUCUAAAGUCCUAUAGCUAAUAACGUGCCAG